AUGAAGUUUCUCGCUAUUGGUGCACUCCUGCUCAGCACAGUCAGUGCUCUUGCCACAGAGCAUAUUAUCAAAGGGGCCCAGAUCAUCCCAGCCAGCGAUACGUCGGCGUUGAAGAAGAUCGGUGCUCAUGGACAUCACAAACACCACGACCGUCGAACAGUGACUAUUCGGUCAUCCAGAAGCGACACCGAUGAUAUCUCGGAAGAUUUCCUCUGGGGUAUUAAGGCUGCCAAUCACGGUGGCAGACUUCUCUUGAAGAAGGGAAAGAAGUAUGUCAUUGGUAAGAAGCUUGAUCUUAGCUUCUUGAAUGAUAUUGAAGUGCAGCUGGAGGGUGAAAUUAAGUUCACUGAUGAUAUUGACUACUGGCAAGCAAACAACUUCUACUACUCAUUCCAGAAAUCUAUCACUUUCUGGGUCUGGGGUGGUCAGGAUAUCAAGAUCUUCGGAAAGGGUACUCUGAAUGGUAAUGGCCAGGAAUGGUACAAUGCCUUUGCUGGUCUGGAAGUUCUGGACCCCAACAACACUUUCUACCGUCCUAUUCUCUUUGUGACCGACAAUGCUACGCGUGUGUCCGUUGAGGGUAUCACUCAACUCAACUCCCCCUGCUGGACCAACUUCUUCGUCCGUACCAAGGAUGUCUCUUUCGAUGAUGUCUUUAUCAACGCCUAUUCCACCAACAUAUCUGCUUUGCCUAAGAACACCGACGGAUUUGACUCCUUCAAUGUGGACGGCCUCAGUGUGACCAACACUCGUGUCGAUAUUGGCGAUGACUGUUUCUCGCCCAAGCCCAACACCACCAACAUUUUUGUGCAGAACCUGUGGUGCAACAACACCCACGGUGUCAGCAUGGGAAGUAUCGGACAGUACUCGGGAGUCGAGGACAUCAUCGAAAAUGCCUGGAUUGAGAACGUGACUCUGUUGAACGGCCAGAACGGUGUCCGUCUCAAGGCCUGGGCUGGAGAGAACGUCGGCUUCGGUCGCAUCAACAACAUCACCUACAAGGAUGUUCGUAUCGAAAACACCGACGCCCCUAUUGUGUUGGAUCAGUGCUAUUUCAACGUCGACGAGGCCACAUGUGCCAAGUAUCCGUCAUCCGUCAAUUUCACCAACGUUGUCUUCGAAAAUAUUCAUGGCACUUCCUCGGGCAAGAAUGGCAAGGUGAUUGGCGACUUGACUUGCUCACCCAAUGCCGUGUGCUCGGGUAUUCAGCUCUCUGAGAUCGAUAUUACCAGCCCGGCUGGCGGUCCUCCUGUCAUUACCUGUGAUGGUAUCUCUGGAGAUAUUGGCGUGGAGUGCCAGUCAAGCUCGGCUUAG